AUGAGGGAAAUCGUGCAUAUCCAGGCCGGACAAUGCGGUAACCAGAUUGGAGCCAAGUUCUGGGAGAUCAUCUCGGACGAGCACGGCAUCGACCCCACCGGCGCCUACCAUGGCGACUCCGACCUGCAGCUGGAGCGCAUCAACGUAUACUACAAUGAGGCCUCCGGCGGCAAGUACGUGCCCCGCGCCAUCCUGGUCGACCUCGAGCCCGGUACCAUGGACUCAGUGCGCUCGGGACCCUUCGGACAGAUCUUCCGACCGGACAACUUCGUGUUCGGACAGUCCGGCGCCGGCAACAACUGGGCCAAGGGACACUACACCGAGGGCGCUGAGCUAGUCGAUUCAGUAUUAGACGUCGUACGCAAGGAAGCAGAGUCAUGUGAUUGCCUCCAAGGAUUCCAACUCACACACUCGCUCGGCGGCGGCACUGGUUCCGGUAUGGGCACACUUCUUAUCUCCAAAAUCAGAGAGGAAUAUCCCGACAGAAUUAUGAACACAUACUCAGUUGUACCUUCGCCCAAAGUGUCAGACACAGUAGUAGAACCUUACAACGCCACACUAUCAGUCCACCAGUUAGUAGAAAACACAGACGAGACCUACUGUAUCGACAACGAGGCCCUAUACGACAUCUGCUUCCGCACGCUCAAACUGUCCACACCCACGUACGGCGACCUCAACCACCUGGUGUCGCUCACCAUGUCCGGCGUGACGACGUGUCUGCGGUUCCCUGGUCAACUGAAUGCGGAUCUCCGCAAGUUGGCAGUCAACAUGGUGCCGUUCCCGCGUCUUCACUUCUUCAUGCCCGGAUUCGCUCCCCUGACAUCUCGCGGCAGCCAGCAAUACCGCGCCUCACCGUACCCGAACUCACGCAACAGAUGUUCGACGCCAAGAACAUGA